AUGGUCAAGCGACACAAGAAAUGCUACCGGCUGCGCUACUACCUGAAGGUGUUCUUCACGCACCUGUUCUCGCACGUGGGCCUGUGUGGCCUAGUGGUCGGCUACUCGGUGAUCGGCGCCUUCCUGUUCGAGUUCCUCGAGAGUCGUAGCGCGGAGGAGACGGCGCGCCCGACGCUGCCCCGCGAGAAGCGCCAGGAGAUCGACGGCUUCCGCGCCCGUUGCCUGGAGGACCUCUGGGCCUUCACCAUGAACUGCACCGUGCUGCGUAAGGCCAACUGGACGGAGCAGGCGCUGCCGCGACUUCGGCAGCUCGAGGAGAACAUCAUCGGCGUGGUGACGUCGCAGCGCUCCAACGGACGCGUCGAGGUCGUCGAGUGGUCCUUCAGCUCCGCCCUGCUCUACUCCGUCACCGUCAUAACCACCAUCGGGUACGGCCACAUCACGCCACGCACCGACGGCGGCAAGAUCAUGACCAUCUUUUACGCGCUGGUCGGCGUGCCGCUGAUGCUGCUCUGCCUGACCAACAUCGGCCAGCUGAUGGCCAACACCUUCCGCUUUACCUACUGGUCCUGCACUGUCAUCUGGCGCCCGCGCCGUCAGCAGCAGACGAAGACCUCGGUGCGCUACACGCAGAAGCGGCCGAGUGCGGUCGGCGAACCGUGCGAGGUGCGCACAAUCACCGCGCCGGACGCCGUCAGGACUAGGAAGUCCUCGAGCGUCGGACGCGCCGCCGCGGUCAGCGCGGCUGGCGACCCGGGCGAGGCGCGCACGCUGACGGUGCUCGACUCAGCCAGGAGCAGCAAGCCCUCGGGCACUGGACGUGCCGCCGUGGUCAGCGCGGCGGAGCACCCGCACCUGCGUAAGAUCACGCGCGAGGAGAAGCGGCUGCGCCGGCUGGCGACGCGCCAGUGCUCCGAACUGAGCGGUACCAGCACGCUGCUCUCGACGCCGUCCAGCCUCGACUCGGGCGUGUACUCGGCCUCCAACCGCUUCACCUUCCCGGAGCCGACGCUGCGCUUCGAUCCGGCUGCCGGCGAGGACGUGGUCGAGGUGGAGGUGGUGAAGGUGGCCAGCCAGCGCGCCGGCCGCGUGCCCAUCCCGCUCGUGCUCGGCUUCGUGACCAUGUACAUCUGCAUGGGCGCCGGCAUCUUCGCCUGGUGGGAGGAAUGGCCUUUCCUGGACGGCGCGUACUUCUGCUUCAUCACGCUCUCAACUAUCGGGUUUGGUGAUCUAGUGCCGGGGACAAAGGUGCUGAAGGCAGAGACGCAGGAAGAUCAGCUGAAGCUGGUCUUCUGCUGCCUCUACCUCAUCCUGGGCCUAGCCAUCAUCGCCAUGUCCUUCAGCCUCGUGCAGGAGGAGGUCAUUGUCAAGUGCAAAGAAGUGGGGAAGUGUACAGGUAUUCUCUAUGACAGCGAUGCAGAGGAUGACUGA